AUGAAGCAUUCGAAGGAUCCGUUUGAAGCAGCGAUCGAGGAGGAGCAAGAGGAACCGCCGCCGGAAUCUCCCGUUAGCGGCGGCGGCGGAGGAGGAGGCGGAAAUGAUGACGGGAAGAGAAAAGAUGAAGAUGAAGAUGAAGAUGAAGAAGAGGAAGAGAAUAUGGAAGCUGAGCCUGAGCUAACCAAAUACCCAACUACUGCUGAUCCUGCAAAGAUGGCCACAAUGCAGGUCAUCUUCUCGCAGUUCACUGAGGAUCAGAUGAGCAGAUAUGAAUCUUUCAGCAGAUCUGCACUUCAAAAAGGAAACAUGAGGAAAGUUAUUACAGGGAGUGACAGGGAGUCAGAAGAUUAG